AUGGAGGAGCAAGCCAAAAUAAAUCGUCAAAUGAUGGAAGAAAUCAAGGAAAUGAAAAGUCAAUUUUCAAAACUGACUGGAUCCUUGGUUAAUUCUGAAAGAGGCAAACUUCCCUCUCAGCCUCAAUUCAAUACACAAGGGCAAAAUAUGGCUCAAACCUCCAACUCUAACGAUCAAAAUGUUAAGGAGGCUAAUGCCAUCACAACUAGAAGUGGUAAAGCUUUGGAAGAUCCACCAAUACCAAAUACUACUUCAAAAUUUACAAAUGUUGUCUCUGAAAGUGUGCCAUCCAAUGCUUCUGCAAAAGUUCCAUUUCCCCAGGCUCUAAGGCCUGCUGGGAAAAUUCUUGAAAAUCGAGGAGAAAUCCUUGAGAACUUGACACAAGUGAAGAUAAAUCUUCCUUUGCUUCACAUCAUCAAACAAGUGCCAGCCUAUGCUAAAAUCAUCAAGGAUCUUUGCACUGUAAAAAGGAAGCAUCAUGUCAAGAAGACUGCUUUCUUGACUGAGCAACUUAGUGCGGUAAUUGAACAAAAGACACCACAAAAAUACAAAGAUCCUGGUUGUCCCACCAUUUCCUGUCAAAUUUGGACUCAUGAAUUCAGCCAAGCCUUGCUAGACUUAGGAGCGAGUGUCAAUCUCAUGCCUUAUUCUGUCUACUCGCAACUUGGUCUUGGUGAAAUCAAGACUACUUCUAUAGUCUUACAGCUGGCUGAUCAUUCUAUUAAGAAGCCUCGGGGUAUUGUUGAGGAUGUUCUUGUUCAAGUUGACAAAUUCUAUUACCCCGUUGACUUUCUCAUUCUAGAUACUCAAUCUGUGGUUAACAUGGAGUCAAAAAUCCCUAUCAUACUUGGAAGACCUUUCCUUGCUACAGCUAAUUCCCUUAUGAACUGUAGGAAUGGUUUCAUGAAAAUAUCUUUUGGGAAUAUGACUCUAGAGGUCAAUAUUUUUCAUGUUGCAAUGCAACCACAUGAUGAUGAUGAAUGUUAUCAGACAUUUCUGAUUGACACGCUCAUUCCUAAGGAGAUUCAAUUGCAAAGAAAUUCUGAUGAUCUUGAUGAACUCCUCUCUUUUUCUGAAAGUUCAGGUUUUGAUGAGUCGAUUAAUGAAAUUUCUUGUUACAAAGACUCACAAAACGGAAGAACAAAGUUUUGGCAACCUCGCUUUGAAGAGCUACCUAGUGAAAGGGAAAAUCCAAAACCUUCUGCUGAAGAGGUUCCUAUUGUUAAGUUAGCCCAACUACCUGAGGGUUUAAAACAUGUCUUCUUGGGAGAUGGUGAUACCUUUCCUGUUAUCAUUUUGUUCAAACUUGAUCCUUCACAAGAAAUUAAGCUAAUUAAGGUACUACAAAAGCUUAAAUCUGCAUUAGGUUGGACGAUCGCUGAUAUUAAAGGCAUUAGCCCUUUAAUUUUCUCCCAUCGAAUCAAUCUGGAGGAUGGGACAAUCCCUCGAAGAGAUCCCCAAAGAAGACUGAACCCCACAAUGAAAGAAGUUGUGAAAAAUGAAGUGCUGAAACUUCUGGAUGCUGACAUCAUUUAUCCAGUGGCUGAUAGAAAAUGGGUUAGUCCAACUCAGUGUUUGGAAACUCUUUUGACGCUUGCCUUCUUAAUUUAG